AACACCAACAACAUAAAAAAGAAAAAAGGGAAAAUUGCAAAAAUGGUUGGAGUAGGUGAUAAGGGGUUGUUGGAAUGUGUAAGGAAGUGCACUCCACCACCGUUCUUAUUGAAGACCUACAUGCUCGUGGAGGAUCCGGCCACCGACGACAUCGUAUCGUGGAAUGAUGAUGGGACGGCGUUUGUGGUGUGGCAGCCGGCGGAGUUUGCCCGUGAUCUCCUCCCAACACUCUUCAAGCAUAGCAACUUCUCUAGCUUUGUUCGGCAGCUCAAUACCUAUGGCUUUCGUAAAGUUGCAACAAGUAGAUGGGAGUUUUGCAACGACAGGUUCAGGAAAGGUGAAAGAGAAUUGCUAUGUGAGAUUCGGAGAAGAAAAGCUUGGACAAAUAAACAACAACAAAAUGCACCAAACCAAACCACACCCCAAGAUUCUGAUGAAGAUCAAAGGUCAUCAUCAACCUCAUCAUCUUCGGGUUACACUAAUCUUGUGGAUGAAAACAAACGUCUCAAGAAGGAGAAUGGGAUGUUGAAUUCUGAGCUCACAUGUAUGAAAAGGAAGUGUAAGGAACUGCUUGAUUUGGUUGCCAAAUAUUCACAUGCAAAGGAAAAAGAAGAAGAAGAAGAUGAAAGGCCAAUGCUGUUUGGAGUGAGACUAGAUGUUAAUGGAGAAAGGGAUAUGAAGAGGAAUAGACCUGAGAUAAGUGAAAGCGCAAGCAUGUUGCUUUCUCAGUCAUGCAAAUAGAUCAUGCUAUAUACCUACGUAGAAGCUUGGAAAUAUUAAGUAUAUAACAUAUAGCUAAUGAAAAGUAAUAAUCAAAUAUUUGUAAAUCAUAUUUGAUUAAUUAGCUAGCCUGCAAAGAGUUUUUCCUCAACGGGUUAUAGUUACUUUUGGAGAUCAAAUUUGGUGUAUCAAGGAAUUAAUUAUAAACUGUGAAGAUACCUCAAGCAUGGUAUUGUAAUUAUGCAAUGUGAUUUAGGACGUUGAUACA